AGCUCUAGGGGACAGGCGGGUCCCAGCAGCGCUGUCCUUCCCCUGCUCUCCAUGGGGACCACGGAGCGGGAGUGAGGGACCCGGUUGCGGUGCGGUCCCCGCCCCGGCAGCCCCGCAGUGUCUCCGGCAACUCGCCUUUGGCUUCUUAACCCGCUGCCACACGGCUCCCCCGCCUCCGGAUUUGUCUUCCUGGCCGGCUCCCCUUCCCCUUCUUCCGAGCAUCCCUCCGCCGGCGUAGUCACAUGUUCGGGCUUUGGUGCCUUUAAUCCCACCCUUCGCCGCCCGAGAAGGGGAGGAGAAAAAUUUGCGGGAGAGAAGUGAGCAACAAGCAGAGCGGCGCGAUAAAGCAGGCGGCGGAGAUGCACGGACACCCCCUCCCACCUUUUCCCCUCCCGGGGCUGCGGGGCGCGGAGGCUGCGGGACCCCUCCCGAUGCCUCGGGCUUGGACAAAGCUGCUGCUCCAGGGAUACCUUGCAAUCCGGGGAGGAUGCGUUGCAAGUGAAGGAAUGAGGGCAUGAACAGAGCAGGGGUGCCCUCCUUCUGCAGGAGCCAUGCUACACCAAGCCUGCCGGCUCUACGGGAGGUGGUGCCGUUGGUCCAGUCCUGUUGUCCAUCUCCUCACGCUGACUGUGGUGACAUUUGGUGUGCUUGCCCCAUUGCUUUGCCACCGGCUCCUCCACUCUUACUUCUAUUUGCGGCGCUGGCACCUGAACCCCAUGAGCCAGGAGUUCCUGGUGCAGAACCAGCAGGAGGGCCAGGCUGCCCUCCGUUACUUUGAGAAGCUGCAGAUACCAAACACCUCCCAGGCCUCUGGUGGCGAUGCCUUCCAGCCCUUGCUGCUGGUCACCAUUAUCACUGUGCAGAGGCGCAGUGAUUUCCACUACGUCUUGCAAGUGGCCUCCCGCUUCCACCGCCUCCUCCAGAAAUGUGGUGCACGGUGCCAGAGCCACCGCAUCCUCCUCUGUAAUGUGGAGUCAGACCCCAGCAGCCACCAGGAUGUCAAGCUGCUGAGCAGCUUCUUUCCUAUGGUCAGUCGUGACAAAGCUGGGGAGAGCCCUGACCCCAGGCUGAACCAGUUUGAGAAGGAGAAGCAGGACUACGUCUUCUGCCUUGAGCAGUCGCUGUUGGCGUACAACCCAGAAUAUAUCCUCAUAGUGGAAGAUGAUGCUGUGCCAGAGGAGGAGGUAUUUGCUGUCUUGCAGCACCUCUUGUUGGCCCGGUUAUCCAAACCAUACCUCAGAGACGCGCUCUACUUCAAGCUUUACCAUCCCGAGAGGCUCCAGCACUACUUGAACCCCGAACCCAUGAGAAUCCUCGAGUGGCUGGGUCUAGGCAUGUUCCUGGGGCCCGUGCUGAACUGUGUGUACUCCUGGGCAACGGGGCGCCCCGGCCUCAGCUGGCCCAUUGUCCUCUUCUUCGCUUUGUACAGCAUGGCUUUGUCAGAGCUGGUGGGACGGCAUUACGUGCUGGAGCUGCGCCGGCUGGCCCCCACGCUGUACAACAUCGUGCCGGUCACCGAGUGCUGCACCCCUGCCAUGCUUUUCUCUGCUUCUUCUGCCCGCCGUGCCUUAGGUUACCUGAAGGGUCUGCAGUGCCGACAGGGCUUCGCGAAGGACAUUGCCCUCUACUCGCUGCUGCGGGCCAAGGGGGAGAACGCCUACGUGGUGGAACCCAACCUGGUCCGGCACGUGGGAAUGUACUCCAGCCUUCGCCUCAACGACAACCCCAAACUGCUGUGAGCUGUCCAUGCCUUUCCAGGUGCAAAGCCCAGGAGAACUUGCCUCUGGGCGGAGAGAGACGGUGUGUGAACUCAAGAUGUGGUGCUGCUCGCACUGGGUAUCCCGUGCCUCCAGGUGGACAAGAAGUUUAAAAAGUUUCUUAAGAAAUAAACUUGAAUACAUGCAGAUCCUAUUUAAUAUAUACUUGGAACUAGUCACCGUGCACCAGUUUUGGGAGGGUGAGGGUGGGGAAUGGAGGAUUCUAGCUAAGUGUUGUGAAUUUUCUACUCUCCUUAACCAUUCUUAAGGAAAAAGCUGUCAUGCCAAUAUAAACAGCUACACUGCCUACUCUGCUUUACAUUGCUUACAGAAAUCCUCACCUGAGGGCAACAGAAAUGUUGGACAAAGUGAAUGUUCAAAUUUAACCUAGUAAAGGGGGAAAAGCCCCUAUUUUCCCAUCCUUACGAAUAUCUGAUCUCUGACCUCUGCUUCAAAGCUGUGGUUUUGAGCAGAUCUUUUAAAAGCAACAAUGGUUUGUGUGAACUUUCCCACAAAUUUUGCCUCGAUUCCUCAAGUUUUAUGAAGCCUCUAUUUGUUAUUCCCUCCCCCUACAGAUCCUAACCACCUCUCCACCCUUCCCACUCCUUUUUCUUGGAACACAGGAUCUUAAAAACAAAGCCUCUGCUGCUUCGUUAAGGGUCACCAGUGAAGGUACGAAAAAGAAAACAGAACAACAGCAACUGAUGUGACACAGCCAGGUCACAAAUGCGUGUUUCAGUUGCUACAUUAUAGAUAUUAUACACAACAAAGGAUGACUACAUGUUGAUUAGUAUAAUCACUACCUGUAGCGGAUCUAGAUCGUUAAAAGAGGCCUUAUCAGUUGCUGACUGGACUUAGACAUUCAACAUGAAUUUACCUUGAGAUCCUAUCAGUACAGAGGCAAAGGAAAGGUUAGAUCAGGCGCUGCUAGUGUGCAGGACCCUUGUUUCAUGUUGGAGCUGUUGUUCAUUCACUGCUCCUGGCAGCAAGCAACAUACCCACAGGAAUCAAAGCUGGCUGUUCAUAAAACCAGGCAACAACAGCACAAAUCAUCAAGGGGCUGGUCUCAUACUGACCCGUUAAGGUAACGUGCUCUGGUGGUUAGACAUUUGGGAUAAGUACUUUGUACCACAGCUGUGGCCACAGUUAAAUAUAAACCCAUGCAGAUGACAGAGAUCUCAUAGAGAAUCAAAACUGGCACCAAAAUGUUACUGUCUAAUGAAAAACCCACCUUGACGUUAGUGGGCUUUGAAUCAAAUUCACUUACAUGUGGAGUUUGGUUGAACUCUUUUUGAAACCAUAUUCCUAGCUUUGGAAUGAAUCAAAUACAGUAUUUUUUAUUGAGUUUUCGUCAGUGGGGUGUGUUGGUUUUUAUUUUGGUUUGGUUUGGUUUUGGUGACGGUAGAACUAUACUUUGAAUUUUCUCUCCCAUAGUGUCUCCCAGGUGAUUUAUGUCUUAAACUCUUAAGAAGUGUGGUUUUAAAUGUGAAAGACAUAAAGCUCCUCAGAGAGGAAACCAAAGAAAAUUCCAAACCUAGGGUUGUCGGCGCCUGAUGGGUAUCAAUUACACAACACAAAUUUGGAGUGCAAGUUAGCCAACUAGAAAUGGCUUCACAACACAGAGCACUGCUUUGCUCUCUUAGUAAUCAGCUGGGAUACUUUUAUAACACCUUUGGAAAUCAGAUGUGAGUAAAAAUUGCUUGUGGAUUCCAUGUCACUCCGAAGGCAAAGCACCUCUUCUGUCAGAGGACACCGGAAAAAUUGCACAGGCAGAACCACAAUUUAUUCCCAGCUGCUGAAAACCCCAAAGAUACUGGAGUGGUCACACAGUGGCAGGGGGACAAACCUAUUCUCAGGCUUUACUAUGAUGUGGUUAAGAUGGCAGGAUUUGAGUGUCAUUGUCUAUUUAUUCCACUAAGUGCCUGCGUGAGGAAAUACAACUUGUUUGUUUGUGUAUCUUCAGCUGUGAAUGUUUCCGUGCAUUGUGCUUUCUCUUCACUCUUUUUCUAUCUUUGUACUAUACAAAUCCAGGACAAGAAGAGUCCAUUCAUACUCAUUCUUGGAAAUGAAAUCUCACAGCAAAGUACAAUAAAUGGGACAGGGUAAAGAAAAAGGAGGAAGGAAAAGAAAGAAAGGAAGAAAGAAAAAGAAAGAAAAGGAAAGAAAGAAAGAAAAGAAAGAAACCUUAGAAAAGAAACCAACUGACUAUAUGCAGUUAAUAAAUGCUUUGCUGUGGGAAAUGAUUUAUCUGUUUGUCUCAAAAGUUAUUUUUCUUGUUUGCCCAGUAGUACUUUGUCAUCCCAGAAGUCCAGGGCAAGUCAGCAAUUUCAGUGAGCUUCAUAGCUGAAAAUUAAGAACAUGAAUUUGAGGCAUCCCUUCUAAACCAGAAGACAAUUUUCAGGGCAUAAGAAAUGAGAGAAGUGUGACUGGGAGACCAAACAACGUGCAGAGGGCUGCAACUUGAACCUGCCAAUGCAACAGUUUCAGAUAAACCCGUUGAGGACAAGCUCCUUUCUGCAAGAAGCAGAUGAAUAAAUUAUUCAGGUCCUUCUGGAAUAAAUUCCUAAGUGCCCAGUUCGCCUUUACAACACAGGUGCUUCUUUUACUGAGCCUGCUGGGGGCUGUUUCUGAGUUACUCAGGUACUUGCCCAAAGUCCACCAUUCCAAUGUGGCAUCUCAGGACAGUGUUCCUUCUUCUGCUGCCUCCGAACUUUCAUAAGUAGUUUGAUUUUUUUUUUUUUCUGUGCCACACAUCUUAAUAGAAAACACAAGUACACCGGAAGUGUACUUCGCCCUUGGAACAGAAAAUGGGAGGUUACUGUGAGUUCUUAAGUCCUGUUGGAUUUCCUUCCACAGUUUGGGAUAAAAACGCAGUCUCAAACACACAAGCCUUUUCCCUCUCUUUUCUAUCAGGGGAGCAGAGCUGAGUUGCUGUAUCUCAGGCUAUGUUAAGUUGAAGGUCUAGCAUUAACUCUUUGAAAUGAGGCCUUAAGAGUAUGGUUUUAUUCACAUUAAAACAAACUUUGUGACUAAUUUUGAAACAAACAAUAUGGAUUAUCUUGGGUGUUGGUCCAUUCCCAAUAGUGUGGAGACUAUUUUUCAACACAGCAGCUAUUGCUUGCAGAAGAGGAUUCUUUCUCGACAGGCCGGACAGCGGGACUCAAGGCAUUAUUGUCUGAGACAAUCCAGGGGAAGUUACUAAAUUAAACAAAAACUACCUUUGUUUCCAGGGCAUGUACAACACAAGCAUGAUUCUGGCAGAACACAAAGCAUAAAUUGAUAGGUCUCUAUUAGAUUAGAAGCCCAAGAGGAUUUUCUAACUACAGCAGGUAUCAAUGUCUUAGUGAGAAGGCACUGCAUUUGAAGAGAGAACAAAAAAGUUGUCCCCUCUGUUGAGAGAAGCCAUGAGUUGCCAGACUGGGUAUUUCAACAGUGCUUUCGCUGGAUUCAGGGUGAAUAACUUUUUUUUUCCUAAAGACAUUUACAAGCAAACUUUCUACCAAA